AUGACCAUACCCCAUCCCAAAGACCCCAUCACCGAAGAAAAGCCCUCCACCAACACCAUCGAAGACAUCACAAGCACCAAAAAUGGCUUCGCGAUACACGACACCAUCACUCGAACCCCCGAAGAAGCCAAAGUCGAAAGAAAACUAGUUUUGAAAAUUGACCUCCUCAUUCUCCCCGUCUUAGCUAUUAUCUAUUUCCUUGCUGCUAUGGACCGCGGAGACCUCAGCAACGCCAGCCUCGCUGGCAUGACCACAUCCCUACACCUCACAUCAACGCAAUACGCCAACGCCGUGGCGUUUUUCUACAUUGGCUACAUCGUUUUCCAACUCCCGGGGGAUAUCUUCCUGCGGAAGAUCACACCCCCUGUGCAAUUGAGCGGGGCGUUGGUUGUUUGGGGGGGAUUUACUGCUUUAUUAUCAACAUCGCAAAACUACGCCACCCUCGCCGGUCUCCGCGUGGCAAUCGGCGCCGCGGAAGCUUUCGUCCAAGCUGCACCCCUGUACCUGACCUUUUGGUACAAACGUGAGCAGUUGGCCUCUCGAUCGGCGAUCUUCUUCUCUAUGAUGGCGUUGGCGGGGAGUGCGAAUGGAUUAAUCGGGUAUGGGAUUACGGAGACACUUGAUGGGGUUAGGGGGAUUGAGGCUUGGAGGUGGUUGUUUAUAGUUGAGGGAUGUAUUACAGUCGCAGUUGGGGUGUUCGUGUUAUUCGUACUACCCCCCGUCCCUGAGAAGUUGAGAUGGGGAUUUACUUCCGCCGAGAAAGAAAUGGCGAUCCGACGGUCCAGAGAGGCGUUUAAUGCUGACAAUGCAAGGAUUGUCCCGCGGCAGUUGUUGGCAUUGGGGAGGGAUGGGAAGAUUUAUUUUUAUAUCAUAUUAUAUUCCUGCACCAACGUCAACCUCGCCGCCCUAUCGGGCUUCCUUCCCAUUUUCAUCAACACCCUGGGUUACAGCGCCGUGAGAUCCCAAGUCCUCACGAUCCCGAUUUACGCGUGUGCGGUGGUAUCUCUCCUCCUGCUGGGGUUCUCGUCGGAUUAUGUUCGUCGGAGGGGAGUGUUUCUGGCGGGAUGUUAUGUGGUUGUUGCUGCGGGGUGGAUUAUGUUACUGGUUAGUGGGGGGAGGUAUGUGUGUAUGGCGGCGUUGUAUCUCAUCGCGGUGGGGACUUAUCCCGCUGUGAUUUUGACUGUCGGGUGGAUGAAUUCGAAUUUUGUGGGUUUUACGAAACGAGCCGGAGCCCUCGCAGCAAUCAACAUAAUCGGACAAUGUUUCUCCAUCGCGGGGUCGAAAGUCUUUGAUGAUCCCCCGGGAUAUCAAAAGGGAAAGGCAUUUGCGCUUGGUUUCUCGGUGUUAGGGCUGGUGGCGGCAUCUGGGUUGGUGGUGUUUCUGCGUUGGAUGAAUGCGAGGAAGAUUUCCCGACAGAAUACACCUGAAGCAGCGGGGAAGAGGGCCAUGACGUUGGAGGAGAUAUGUGAUGAGCAUCCGGAUUUUAUGUAUUUUUUGUGA